AUGUCGAACCCUCAAUCUCUUGUCAUCAAGAACGGCUUCAAGUCGGACGCCAAAUGCAUCAAGCCCACCGAAACUUUCAGUGGCGAUGUCUAUCUGGAUCCUAUCCAUAUGGGAAAGGAUGCAUCUAUCGCCAAUGUCACGUUCACACCCUGCGCUCGCACCCACUGGCAUACUCAUGAGAAGGGACAGAUGAUCAAAGUUAUCGCUGGUAGUGGCUGGAUUUGUGAUAAGGGUGAAAUUCCCCAACGGUUGAAGACGGGGGAUGUUGUUUGGGCUCCCGCUGGAACUACGCACUGGCAUGGAGCAGAUAAUGAGAGUAUCAUGACUCAUUUUGUCCUCGGCAUUGGGAGUACUGUCUGGCACGAGGCUGUCACCGAUGACGAAUAUAGCCAGAAAGAUAAGAUCUGA